UAACGGCUCUAGUCUGCUCACAGGGACUAUUUUUAACAACUACAUGCAGCAAACAAACGGCAAAGGAACAAGAGAUUAAAGGAACAACUGCUUCAAACGCUUCACUCAGAGACAACAUGGCUUCCAGGUUAGAGGAAGAUCUCUGCUGUCCGGUCUGUCAGGAAGUCUUUAGAGAUCCUGUUCUUCUGUCCUGCUGCCACAGCGUCUGUAAAGCCUGUCUGCAGAACUGGUGGGAUGGGAAAGAAGUAAAGGAGUGUCCAGUUUGUAAGAGAAAAUCUUCAAAGGAAUUCGUUCUUAACUUUGCUUUAAAGAACCUGUGUGAGACCCUCUUACUGGAGAGAGAUCAGAGAUCUCCAGAGGCUCUCUGCAGUCUGCACUCUGAGAAACUCAGACUCUUCUGUCUGGACCAUCAGCAGCCAGUGUGUCACAUCUGCAGAGAUUCAAAAACACACACCAACCACAGAAUCAGACCCAUGGAUGAAGCUGCUCAGGAUCUCAAAGAGGAGCUCCAGAAGUCUCUGCAGCCCUUAAAGAAGAAACUGAAGCUCUUUGAAGAAGUUAAAGUGAAGUUUGAUCAAACAGCAGGACACAUGAAGGUCCAGGCUCAACACACAGAUACGCAGAUUAAGGAGCAGUUUAAGAAGCUUCACCAGUUUCUAGAAGAGGAAGAGGAGGCCAGGAUGGCUGCACUGAGGGAGGAAGAGGAGCAGAAGAGGAGGGUGAUGGAGGAGAAGAUGGAGGCUGUGAGCAGAGAGAUAGCAGCUCUUUCACACACAGUCAGAGCCACAGAGGAGGAGCUGAGAGCUGAAGACGUCUCCUUCCUGCACAACUACAAGGCUGCAGUGGAGAGGCUGCAGCGCCCCCUGCUGGAGGAUCCACAGCUGCCCUCAGGAGCUCUGAUAGACCAGGCCAAACACCUGGGCAACCUCAGCUUCAACAUCUGGAGCAAGAUGAAGGACAUGGUGUCCUACUCUCCUCUCAUCCUGGACCCAAACACUGCUCAGCCAUUACUCAUCCUGUCUGAAGAUCUGACCAGAGUGAGAGGAGGAGGAGAGAGACAGGAACUUCCUGAUAAUCCAGAGAGGUUUGAUAAACACAUCUGUGUCCUGAGCUCUGAGGGCUUUAACUCAGGGACUCACAGCUGGGAUGUCCAGGUUACAGACAGUACAUCCUGGGUACUGGGUGUGUCAGCAGAGUCUGUCCAGAAGAAGGGAGACAUAUGGUCUGGAUUCUGGAGAAUAUGUUUCUUUAAAGGUAAAUACUCAGCAUGUUCACCACCAGCUCCACAUACUCCUCUCAGCCUGAAGAAGGAGCUCCAGAGGGUCAGAGUGAAUCUGGACUGGAACAGAGGAAAGUUGUCGUUCUCUGAUCCUGACACUAACACACACAUACACACCUUCACACACACUUUCACUGAGAAGAUGUUUCCAUACAUUUACACUCUGGAGGAAGUGAAGAUAUUACCACUGAAGGUGUGUGUGACAGUGGAUCAGAGCAGGUAGAGAUCAACAGGAUCAUUAUAUCUAUGAUGAGCAUCUCUUAAAGGGAUCAUUCAC